GAAGGCGUAUGAGGGUGUUCCUACACCUUAUGAUAGGGUGAAGCGAAUGGUUAUACCUGAUUCCCUUAAGGUAUUGAGGCUCCAGACUGGGCACAAGCACUGCUUUCUUGGUAAGCUGUCAUCUGAGGUUGGCUGGAACCACUAUGACACCAUCAAGGUUCUCGAGGAUAAGAGAAAGGAGAUAUCAAAAGCGGCAUAUGAGAGGAAGAAGCAAUUGGCAAAGCUUAGGAUCAAAGCUGAGAAGGCUGCUGAGGAGAAACUUGGUCCCCAACUUGACAUCCUUUCGGUUGUGAAGUACUGAACCAUGUUUUUGGUUCAUGCGUAAAGAUUUUG